UAUUCAUCUUCAAGGAAUUCUGAAUUUCUUCAAGUAAAAGAUGAACCUAGUAAUAAAAUUAAAAAAAGAUUUAGUGAUAGUUCAUUUUUAUCAAAUAGUAUAAGAUGGUUUACAAAACCUCGACGUACUUCAAUUUUAAAAGAUAAAUCUAUUUCAGAAGUUAAUGAAAAUUCUACAAAAUAUUUCUCUUAUUCUGAUACUCUUCCAAUUUCUACUUCUCAUAGAAGUAUGCCAAUUAUUCAACUUUCUUCUGAAAAUUCUCAAAUUAUCAAUAAUUUAAAUGCUUUAGAAUCAAUGAAAUAUCAUGAUGCUAUCAAUUUAUUUUCUGAUAUUUUAUUAAAAUAUCCUAAUAGUUAUUCUAUAAGAUGUGAUAGAGCUUAUGCUUCUUAUCAAGUUGAAGAAUGGGAUAGAGCUAUUGGUGAUUUAAAUUUCGCUAUUUUAAAAAAACCAAAGAAUCCUCGUGCUUAUACUUUACGUGGUGAAAUUUAUAGAUUAUUAAAUUCUUAUAAAGAAUCUUUAAUGGAUUUCAACAAAUCUUUAAAAUUACAACCAAAAAAUGUUUUCGCUUUAAGAGCUAGAGCUGAAGUUUAUUAUUCAAUAAAACAUUUUGAUGAUUCUAUAAAUGAUUUAAAUCUUGCUUUAGAUUUAGAUCCUAAUAACGUUUAUACUCUUAGUAGACGUGCUAAAGUUUAUUGUGCUCUUGGUUUUUAUGGUGCUUCUUUAUUAGAUUUAAAUAAAGCUUUGGAAAUUGAUG